AGGGGGAGGGGAGCACAAAGAUUCCAGGUCUCCCGGCGGGAGGUUUACGCCAAGAACGAUGUGUGCCGAUCGGCUGGGCCAGUUCGUGACCCUGGCUUUGGUGUUGACCACCUUCGACCCGGCGCGGGGGACCGACGCUACCAACCCGCCGGAGGGUCCCCAAGACAGGGGCUCCCAGCAGAAAGGCCGCCUGUCCCUGCAGAACACAGCGGAAAUCCAGCACUGUUUGGUCAACGCUGGCGAUGUGGGGUGUGGAGUGUUUGAAUGUUUCGAGAACAACUCUUGUGAAAUUCGGGGCUUACAUGGGAUUUGCAUGACUUUUCUGCACAACGCUGGAAAAUUUGAUGCCCAGGGCAAGUCAUUCAUCAAAGACGCCUUGAAGUGUAAGGCCCAUGCUCUGCGCCACCGGUUCGGCUGCAUAAGCCGGAAGUGUCCGGCCAUCAAGGACAUGGUGUCGCAGCUGCAGCGGGAGUGCUACCUCAAACACGACCUGUGCUCGGCAGCCCGGGACAACACGCGGGUGAUGGCCGAGAUGAUCCACUUCAAGGACCUGCUGCUGCACGAACCCUACGUGGACCUGGUGAACCUGCUGCUGACCUGCGGGGAGGAGGUGAAGGAGGCCAUCACCCACAGCGUGCAGGCUCAGUGUGAGCAGAACUGGGGCAGCCUGUGUUCCAUCCUGAGCUUCUGCACCUCGGCCAUCCAGAGGCCGCCCACAGCGCCCCCUGAGCACCCGCCACAGGGGGACAGAGCCAAGCCCUCCAGGGCCCACCCCCGGGACACGGGGCACCACCUCUUGGAGCCCGGCAGCAGGGAGAGCGGCCGAGGUGCCAAGAGCGAGAGGGGCAGCAAGAGCGCCAUUCACGCGCACGUCCACGCCCGGGGCCGAGCAGCGGACCACGUGUCCCAGGGAACUUCCGGAAGCAGCGAGUGGGAGGAGGAACAGGCCGAGUAUUCCGACAUCCGGAGGUGAAACCGAAAGCCCGGCCUGGAAAGCGUUCCUCUGCGCCGUACAUUUUCUUCUCUAUGGACAUUCCAAGACAUUUGCCUUUAAAGAGGGGGGAUGUCACACACAGGAUUUGGUAGGGAUUGCGGACUGGAUGGAGGUGUAUGUUAGCGGAAUGAA